CGUUGAUAAAUAGCGGAGACACGUGAAAGAAUAUCCAUAACCUAUUGGGUGUUCCCGCGCAAACGUUCGCAGUGUCACCGAGGUAUUCCAUGUGAAACUAUGUUCGUCCUCUGUUCCUCGUAUAUUUUCGGCGCUGAGCUUGAAUGUCAGAUACGUGUAAUUCUUAGGUUAGUUCUUUGUUCGAUUUGACUUCGAGCAGUGGUGGGCAUAAUACAGACAACACGGUUACAAUUCUACAAAACGCCACUGGUAUUUUUCAGGAUAUCCUGCUAUGGAGCAGGUCAAGAAGAGGCCAGAAUUGCUUCAUUGCAGCCAGUCUCGUAACAUAUUAAGAGAUUUGAUGCUCAGAGAUUUUGGAUUUUUGUAUUAUAAUUGUUACAAAACUAAAACACGUGCAUUAGAAUCGAUAGCUGAAAUGAAUUUAGUUGGAAAAAAGCAUAAAGAAUUGGAAUAUGACCUGCCUGGAUAUCCUAAAGCAACAUUUUUAAUGGUUUUCAGCCCAGAUGGCACCAAAAUGGCAUCGGCACAUGGAAAUCAUAGUAUUUACAUUACUGAUAUGGCAACUAGGAAAAACAUCAAAAUCCUUUCUGGUCAUCCACGUACUCCUUGGUGUAUAGCAUUUCAUCCUUCGUCUAGUCAUAUAUUAGCUUCUGGUUGCCUUGGUGGUCAAGUGCGCAUUUGGGAUUUGAGAGAUGGUAGUAAGAUUUGGAAUACCGAAAGUCAGACAGUUAUAGCUUCUCUUGCUUUCCAUCCUUCUGAAAAAUUACUCGUCAUAGCAACAAAUAACGAAAUACACUUUUGGGAUUGGAGUCAAUCUAAACCUUUUGCAAUAAUAUCUACUAAGACCAGCAUAGAAAAAGUAAGAUAUGUAGCUUUUGACAAUUUAGGAAAGAAAUUAAUCACAGGCAUUGGAAAUUGUCCAAGAGAACCAAAAUCAUUCAGAUCUUGUUUGAGAUAUGGAAGAACGGCACAUGAUAGUCAAGUACUCAGUAACUAUGGCGGAACAUUGAUUGUUCAAAGUGAAGCAAUUCAAACCAUUGGAACCGAACCUUCACAUAGUACUCGGUCGAAUUUUCGCGGUACUAUAUCAGUAGAUAAUAAUGAACUACUACAAUAUAUCUGUAAUACAGGGCGGCGUACAGGAAGAGGAAGAGGAGAGUUUCCACGUGAUGAUGACGAAACACCUGUACCAGCUAAUUUUUUAGAAGAUGUCUCAGCAGUAGUGUUAAACUUCUUAGGAAUCUCUGGAAGGAAUUACCGUAUACAAGCCUGGGACUUCUCUAAAGGGGAAAUACCUGAUAUCAAAAACUCUGAAAAAAAUAUUGUUAUACACAAGUGUAAAAUUCGUAAUGACGCUAGUAUAAAUAUUUCUUCAGACGGAACAUUAUUAGCAACGUGUUUUGUGGGAGCUGCAGGAGUCUAUAGUUUACAAUGGGAAACGUUAGGGAGAGAAAUUUAUUGGACGAAAGUGUACAAUUCUGUGAUUUCUGUAUCGAUUUCACCAACACAGGAACAUCUCUUAGUAGGUCUAGCAAGGAAUAAGUUUGGAAAUGAUUAUACUAUGGCUGUUAUUUAUAGACUAACACGUAAACAAUUCGAAAAUGACAAACUAUUUAUUCGAGACUUGGACUUAGAAGUUAGAGACUUACUACAAAAUAAUCACCCAACUAGAGCACACACAAGUAUAAAUUGUAUCAGGUGGGCACCUCAACCUGGUCAAGGUCUAAUUUAUGCUACUAAUACUGGUCGAUUAGCCAUCCUUCAUUAAUCUAUUUAUAAAUUUAUUCUGAGAAUAAAAAUUUCAUGUCGUGUCCGUAAUUAUUUUAUUAAAAAAUUAUGUACGAAGGCAGAAGUCCAUUGUUAACGUGUCUUUCAAGAAAAAUGUGAAAAAGAUAAAAUUUGUUAUUAAGUUGUCAAUAUCAUAUAUUUUGACAAGCAAUUUAAUACAGUGGUGUAAUUUA